AUGGCGGAGAAGUGGCAGCCGCAGUGUGGCGUCGAGUUAGAGCCGAAUCAGUUUUACUGCUCGGUAUGUCUGGACCUGCUCAAAGAUCCCGUCACCAUCCAGUGUGGACACACUUACUGCAGAAGCUGUAUCGAGGGAUGCUGGGACCAGGAAAAGGAGAAGGGAACGUACAGCUGUCCUCAGUGUAGGGAGGCCUUCAGCCCAAGGCCUGUCCUCGGGAGGAACAACAUGCUGGCUGAGGUUGUAGAGAAGCUGAAGAGGACUGUAACCCAACAGGCCCGUCCAGCUUCUCCUCUUGCUCCUGCAGGACCAACAGACAUUGCCUGUGAUUUCUGUUGUGGGACCAGAAGAAACAAAGCCAGCAUGUCUUGCCUGACCUGCUUGGCAUCGUACUGUCCUGCUCAUCUUGAGCCUCACCACAGUUUUCCUGUGCUGAAGCUUCACCAGCUGGU